UCUCCUCAAGUCUUCAUUUAUUAGAUUUUCUAUCUCAUCUUUCCCAAGUCCUCAUUUCAAGAUUUCGUUUCCCUAAUUCCUCAUUCCUUCCCGUUUCUUCCCUAAUUCCUCAUUCCUUCUUGUUUCUUCCCCAAUUCCUCAUUUUCCAUUUUUUAUUUUUUAGCUUCUUAUAUGUUGAUUUCCACUCUUCUUGGUUAGGGUUUUUUAUCUUUAAAUCUUCCUCUUUUAGUUGGAUCAGAAUUUGAAGCUCGACUCGAAGAUGGUAGUGAUGUUGAUGGGCAUGAAGUAAUGCGAGUUUAUCAUGAAGUUCUUGAUGAGAUUAUACAUGAGAAUGGUCAUGUUAACAUUGAGGGUGAAUUGGAUAUUGUUGAACUUGUUAUUAAUGAUGAUUUUGAGUUUGAGGGAGGUGAAUACGAUGAUGAAGAUGCAGAUGAUGAAUUUAAUGGAGGUGAAUAUGAUGAUGAGACCGGUUCUAAUGGGGAAGGUUUAAUGGAGGUGAAUAUGAAAGAUCAUAUUCUUGUUGUUGACGAUAUUUUCAAGAUGAACAUGUUUAACUUGCAAAAUGAAGAUGUUUCGAAGCUACAAUUUGGAAGUCUAGAAAUUGCUUAUACAUUUUAUUGUUGAUUUACAAAGAUGAAUGUUUUUGAAGUCCUUACAGGUUAAGUUAUUAAGAAUAAGAAUGAAGAUGUUAUUCAACCAGACAUGUAUUUGUAACCUUGAAGGAUUUAGGCAACACAGAGUAGAUCACGUGCAACGCAAGCAAUGUCCGAAGCAUGAAACCUAGUGUGGAUGUGGAGCAAAAUUUCGGGUACAUAUUGAUAUAAUUUCACAUAGUUGGUAUAUCACGGUUUUUAUCUUUGAGCUUAAUCAUGAAAUGUUAAAGGAGAAGCAUUGCAUGCUGUUUGCAGCCAAUAGGAAGCAUUACAAAGCUAUAUUACAUGAUAUUGUUCAUAAAUUGAUUGAAGGAAAUGUCUCUUAUGAAGUGCAAAUUUCAUUUUUUUUAAUCUUCUCUAUUGAUUGUUGUUUUACCAAUUGGUAUUAAAGGGAUAUUAACUCUGGUGCAAAGUUCAAGGUGACAAUAUUCAACAGGAUGGAUAAUUUUGGAUUAUGCCAACAAAGAGUUAAAGAUUUGUUGGCUCAGCAAAGUUUAAAAAAAGUGUUGCGUGAGAUAAAAUCGUUGAAUGGAGGAUACUAAUUAGGCUUAGAUGGCGGAGAAGACCAUAGGAUUGAUUUUCCUAUGUCUUUUAAACAAGGUGAUGUAUCAUAUCUUGGACUUGACGAUUCCGAAGGAGGUUUUCCAUAAAUUGGAGAGUAGGUAAAUGUCAAAGAAGUUCAUGAACAAAUUGUGCGCGAAACAACAAUUAUACAGUCUGAAGAUGAAGCAAGGAUCCAAUUUCAAUAACAUGUCAAUGUUUUUAACAACAUAAUCAUCGAUCUGGUGAGAUUUGGGUGAAAAUUGAUAACGAAGAUAAGGCAAUUAUCUUUUUGAGCUUGUUACCAUGUUCUUAUGACCACUUUGUAACUACCCUUACCUACGAAAAACACACUAGCAAUCUUGAUGUGAUUACUGCUACAUUUUUGUCUCAUUCUUAAAGGAGACAAUGUGUAGAGGAAAAAACUCAAGGAGGCGGUAUGUAUGUGACAUGGAUUCAAUAUCGUGAGUAGAAUAAUGAUAAAUUAGAUUUUGGAAAGAAGGGACCUAAAUCCAAGAAUUGGAAACAACUGAGUGUUACACUUGCAAACAAAUUGGGCGGGAUUAACUAAAUAGAAUACAUGGUUCAUCCAGUUCUACAAAUGUGGUUCAAUUUAAUGAUUCUAGAAGUGAAGCAGAUAUACUAUGUUUCAUCCACAAAGUGCACAAGUGUGUGGAUUCUUGACUCUUAUUGUUCUUACCACAUGAUGUCACACUAGGAAUGGUUCACUAAAAUCAGUUCAAGUAAUUUUUUAUUUGUUUAUUUGGGUGAUGGUAAAGUGUGUACUAUCAUUGGGAUGAGAUAAAUUAAAAGUUCCAUGAACAAUGAUGGCGUGCGAACAUUGAUUGGUGUCAGAUAUAUUCCAAAAUUGUGGAAGAGCUUGAUUUCUCUAGGUACUCUACAAGAAAGUAGUUUCUUAUAUGAGUCUAAUGGAGAUAGGUGCAUUAUGAAGAUUAGCAAGAGUGUCUUAAGUGUGAUGAGAGUAGGGAGGACUAUGGGUAACAUCUGCAAAUCAUUAGGUAACACUAUUGUUAGUGAUGUUGUAUCACUUGAGUCUGAUAAUUAUGCAACCAAACUCUAUAAUAUACGUCUAGGUCAUCUCAGUGAGUGUAGAAUGAUGGAACAUCAUAAGAGAAAUCUACUUAAGGGUGAUCGUAGUUGCAAAAUAGAUUUGUGAUAAUAUUGUGUACUUGGGAAAAAAUAUUGUAUUCAGUUCAAGA